GACACCUAGCGAGAGAAGUGAGGCGGAGCCGCGGAGGCCGGGAGAAGAGGACGCCGCGAGGGGGAAGGAAGACCCGGCCGGUCGAGAGGCGGAGCUGCGGGAUCCCGAGAAAGCCGCGGCCAAGUAACCGCACCCACUCUGCCGCCAACUUUGCAGUCUCGGCUGCGGGCGGCCUGCCAGAUAGCAGCGCAGUAAAUUCCGCCGGCGCCUUGCAGCUUUACUCCCCCUCUCCGGCGACAGCCAUUGUUACUACAUCGGGUUCUUGGUUUCCUUCCUGUCGUGGGCGUAGAGAGAGAGAGAGAGAGAGAGAGAGAGAGAGAGAGAGAGAGAGAGAGAGAGAGAGAGAAGCGGGAGGAUGGUGCCGGGGGAUCAGGCGGAAGAGUCCAUCGUGGCCAUGGCGGACGGCGGCCACGGCGGCGGCAAGGAGGGGGCGCGCGUGAUGGACGGCGGCGAGGAGUCGGAGCGCGGGCACGGCGACGGCGGGUUCACCGUGAAGGACAUGCUCUGGCACGGCGGGUCCGUGUGGGACGCCUGGUUCAGCUGCGCCUCCAACCAGGUGGCGCAGGUGCUGCUGACGCUGCCCUACUCCUUCUCGCAGCUGGGGAUGGCCUCCGGGCUGGUGCUGCAGGUGUUCUACGGCCUCAUGGGCAGCUGGACCGCCUACCUCAUCAGCGUGCUCUACGUCGAGUACCGCGCCCGCAAGGAGAGGGAGGGCGUCAGCUUCAAGAACCACGUCAUCCAGUGGUUCGAGGUUCUGGGCGGGCUGCUGGGCCCGUACUGGAAGGCGGCCGGGCUGGCCUUCAACUGCACCUUCCUGCUCUUCGGCUCCGUCAUCCAGCUCAUCGCCUGCGCAAGUAAUAUCUACUACAUCAACGACCGGCUGGACAAGCGGACGUGGACGUACAUCUUCGGGGCGUGCUGCGCCACCACCGUCUUCAUCCCCUCCUUCCACAACUACCGAAUCUGGUCCUUCCUCGGCCUCGGCAUGACCACCUACACCGCCUGGUACCUCACCAUCGCCGCCGCCGUGCACGGCCAGGUCCCCGGCGCCAAGCACUCGGGCCCCAACAGCCUCAUGCUCUACUUCACCGGCGCCACCAACAUCCUCUACACCUUCGGCGGCCACGCCGUCACCGUGGAGAUCAUGCACGCGAUGUGGAAGCCGCGCAAGUUCAAGUACAUCUACCUGGUGGCGACGCUGUACGUGUUCACGCUGACGCUGCCGUCGGCGUCGACCAUGUACUGGGCGUUCGGCGACGCGCUGCUCACGCACUCCAACGCCUUCUCGCUGCUCCCCAAGUCCGGGUGGCGCGACGCGGCGGUGAUCCUCAUGCUCAUCCACCAGUUCAUCACCUUCGGCUUCGCGUGCACCCCGCUCUACUUCGUCUGGGAGAAGGCCAUCGGCAUGCACCACACCGGCAGCGUCCUCCGGCGCGCGCUCGCGCGGCUCCCCCUCGUCCUCCCCAUCUGGUUCCUCGCCAUCAUCUUCCCCUUCUUCGGGCCCAUUAACUCCGCCGUCGGCGCGCUCCUCGUCAGCUUCACCGUCUACGUCAUCCCCGCCGUCGCCCACAUGCUCACCUACCGCUCCGCCCACGCCAGAUCGAAUGCGGCGGAGAAGCCGCCGGCGUUCCUGCCGAGCUGGAGCGGGAUGUUCGCGGUGAACGCGUUCGUGGUGGCGUGGGUGCUGGUGGUCGGGUUCGGGCUCGGCGGCUGGGCCAGCGUGUCCAACUUCGUCAAGCAGAUCGACACCUUCGGCCUCUUCGCCAAGUGCUACCAGUGUCCCCCGAGGGCGCACCUCCCGGCAGCGGGGUCGCCCCUGUCAGCGCCGGCGGGCCACUAGGGCACGCCGUCGAGCAGACCAUGGCAAUGUCACAGCCGGACAGAAGAAGCUCCGGUCGAUCCGUGCACUAGAGUUCCGGCUUUAAUUUGUUGCUAGUUACUGAUCGCCUUGCGAUAUAGCACUACAAACCUUCUAGAGUGUUACUGCAGCUAGCAUAGUAGAACAGCCCUCCGUGUUUGUCACUGGCUAUAAGUUUGGAAAAAAAAAUGGUAUCCUUUUGGUAGAGCUUGGGUUCAUUUCCGUGGAUUUAUCUUUGUACUUCUGAAAAUGUAGAUGGCUGAUUUCCAAAAGUUCACGUGAGAAUGUAGUGUCAAAAACGGCCUUAUAUUAUGGGA